AUGACAGAAAAGAAACACCGGUCCCUCAAGGACCUCUUCAAGCACCUGUCGCUGCUGCUGCUGCUGCUGCUCAAUAAACUCGGCAAUCUGGACCACCGGCUGUUUCUUAGAAGAAGAAACCUGAAGCUGCUGCUUACGCCUCAGACCAGCUCGUCGCUGAAACCUGAUCUGGAGGAAUCCGUGAGGAAGGGCAAGGGGCACAGGAGAAAACACGAGCUGUCACACCUUUCGUUGAAACGGUUCUUCAAAAUCCUAAGACCUGAGCAUUUGGACGACGGCGUCAAGGAAAAAACUCCGCCCGAGUUGCCCCUUUCGCUGACGCUGGACUUGGCAAAGAAGUACGAUAUCGGCAAGUUGAUCGGCACCGGCGCCUCGGGCUCGGUCAACUUGGUCACGGCCCACGGCAACGAGAACGAGAUCUUUGCCGUGAAGAAAUUCCGGGCCCGCUUGAAGAACGAGCUGGAACACGACUACCAGACGAAGGUGAAGAACGAAUUUUUGAUUGGCGACUACCUCAAGCACCAGAACUUGGUGCACACCAUGGAGUUGAUCAAGGAGAAGCUGGAGUAUCUUAUUGUCAUGGAGUACUGUCCCUACGACUUUUUCAACUUGGUCAUGCUGGGCCUCAUGAAGGUGGAAGAGGUGUGCUGUUAUUUCAAGCAGAUUGUGAACGGUGUGGCCCAUUUGCACGAGGCGGGCAUCGCCCACCGUGAUUUGAAGUUGGACAACUGUGUGGUCAACCUGGACGGUGUGCUCAAACUCAUUGAUUUCGGCUCCGCAUUCCAGUACAGAAAAGACAGCAAAUCGAGUUCCGGCCCACAGACCAAAAUCCUCAAAGCCAAGGGUAUCGUUUUCGACACUACUACGCCGUACGAUGCCCGUUUGGCCGACGUGUGGUCCAUUGCCAUUAUCUUCUGCUGCAUGAUUCUCAAGCGUUUCCCAUGGAAACUCCCGAGAUCGAGCGAUCCGCUGUUCCGGUCUUUUGCUUGCCUCAAUAGUAUGGACGAGCCUGUCAGUGAGCAGGAAAUGGAAGAGAAGGACUCCAAGGGACCCAAGUAUGGUCCUGAAAGACUUCUUCGUCUUCUUCCGCAGGGAUCCAGACCUCUUAUCGCCAGCAUGCUCACCAUCGACACUACCAAGCGUUGUCUAAUAGGCGAUGUCCUCGCAGACCCCUUUUACAAAGAUAUCCAGAAUUGUUACUACGCCGAAGUGGACGAGAAGCCACAAGAGGAAUUCAAGGAAGCAAAGGAAGACAAUUUGCUGCCUCCACAGCCGCCAAUGUCGCCAGAGGCUGCUCUGUCGCCAGGCUCAGAAUUACAAACACCCAGCUCCAGCGGCUCAGGUACACCCAGAGUCUUGUCCCACGACGCCAUCAGCCACGACAACUCGGCCCACCGCUUCGGCAGUCAUAUUCACAAUCCCGAGGCCUUUGCCGGUACAACGGCCGUUAAACGUGUGGAGCGUUUCUUCAAGGCACCCAACCACACCCACCAUUUGGUUACAGAAAAGGAACUAGAGCAGAUCAACGCCGAGCGCCAGCGGGCCCGCAAAUUGAAGGAAUCCGGCACCGCCUAA